AUGAAUUUUGAAACUUCACGGUGUGCCACCCUACAGUACUGUCCCGACCCUUACAUCCAGCGGUUUGUAGAAACCCCAGCCCAUUUCUCUUGGAAAGAAAGUUAUUACCGAUCCACUAUGUCCCAGAGCACACAGACAAGUGAAUUCCUCAGUCCAGAGGUUUUCCAGCACAUCUGGGAUUUUCUGGAACAGCCCAUCUGUUCAGUUCAGCCCAUUGACUUGAACUUUGUGGAUGAACCAUCAGAAAAUGGUGCAACAAACAAGAUCGAGAUUAGCAUGGACUGUAUUCGCAUGCAGGACUCAGACCUCAGUGACCCCAUGUGGCCACAGUACACGAACCUGGGGCUCCUGAACAGCAUGGACCAGCAGAUCCAGAACGGCUCCUCGUCCACCAGUCCCUACAACACAGACCACGCGCAGAACAGCGUCACGGCGCCCUCGCCCUACGCACAGCCCAGCUCCACCUUCGACGCCCUCUCACCUUCGCCCGCCAUCCCCUCCAACACCGACUACCCGGGCCCACACAGCUUUGACGUGUCCUUCCAGCAGUCCAGCACCGCCAAGUCCGCCACCUGGACGUAUUCCACUGAACUGAAGAAACUGUACUGCCAGAUUGCAAAGACAUGCCCCAUCCAGAUCAAAGUGAUGACCCCACCUCCUCAGGGCGCUGUCAUCCGUGCCAUGCCUGUCUACAAGAAGGCCGAGCAUGUCACUGAAGUGGUGAAAAGGUGCCCCAACCAUGAGCUGAGCCGUGAAUUCAAUGAGGGACAGAUCGCCCCUCCUAGUCAUUUGAUUCGAGUAGAAGGGAACAGCCAUGCCCAGUACGUAGAAGACCCCAUCACAGGAAGACAGAGUGUGCUCGUACCUUAUGAGCCACCUCAGGUUGGCACUGAAUUCACGACAGUCUUGUACAAUUUCAUGUGUAACAGCAGUUGUGUUGGAGGGAUGAACCGCCGUCCAAUUUUAAUCAUCGUUACUCUGGAAACCAGAGAUGGGCAAGUCCUGGGCCGCCGCUGUUUUGAGGCCCGGAUCUGUGCUUGCCCAGGGAGAGAUAGGAAGGCAGAUGAAGACAGUAUCAGAAAGCAGCAAGUCUCGGACAGCACAAAGAACGGUGAUGGUACGAAGCGCCCUUUUCGUCAAAAUACACAUGGUAUCCAGAUGACAUCCAUCAAGAAACGAAGAUCCCCAGAUGAUGAACUGCUAUACUUACCAGUGAGGGGCCGUGAGACUUAUGAAAUGCUGCUGAAGAUCAAAGAAUCCCUGGAACUCAUGCAGUACCUUCCUCAGCACACGAUUGAAACAUACAGGCAGCAGCAGCAACAGCAACACCAGCAUUUACUUCAGAAACAGACCUCGAUGCAGUCUCAGUCUUCCUACGGGAACAGCUCCCCACCUCUGAACAAAAUGAACAGCAUGAACAAGCUGCCUUCCGUGAGCCAGCUUAUCAACCCUCAGCAGCGCAACACCCUCACUCCCACCACCAUUCCCGAUGGCAUGGGAGCCAACAUUCCUAUGAUGGGCACCCACAUGCCAAUGGCUGGAGACAUGAAUGGACUCAGCCCCACCCAGGCCCUCCCUCCCCCUCUCUCCAUGCCAUCCACCUCCCACUGCACUCCCCCACCUCCGUACCCCACAGAUUGCAGCCUUGUCAGUUUCUUAGCGAGGUUGGGCUGUUCAUCAUGUCUGGACUAUUUCACGACCCAGGGGCUGACCACCAUCUAUCAGAUUGAGCAUUACUCCAUGGAUGAUUUGGCAAGUCUAAAAAUCCCUGAGCAAUUCCGACAUGCCAUCUGGAAAGGCAUCCUGGACCACCGGCAGCUCCACGACUUCUCGUCCCCUCCCCACCUCCUGCGGACCCCAAGUGGUGCCUCCACAGUCAGUGUGGGCUCCAGUGAGACCCGGGGCGAGCGUGUAAUUGACGCUGUGCGCUUCACCCUCCGCCAGACCAUCUCCUUCCCACCUCGCGAUGAGUGGAAUGACUUCAACUUUGACAUGGAUGCUCGUCGCAACAAGCAACAGCGCAUCAAAGAGGAGGGGGAGUGA